AUGGCACUGAAUCUUCAAAAGGAAGGACCUUUAUUCCUUAGAUCUCUCCACAAAGGUGAUCUCGUUCACUUGGUAGAUUUGUUAAUAUCAGAAAAGAAAUGGGUGGAAGAAAGCCCCUCCCAGACGUUGCCAUUCAAACUCACCCAUUGUGAUGGAAAGAGUUCUCUAGAUCAUUCUAAUGUUACAAAUAGGUUGAGAUCCAUCUUUUUGAAUAAACCAUCACCGCAUGACAUACAGAGAUCACCAGAGCAUGAUGGAGAGGAAAAAUGUCGGAAUAUUCCUCAUAGUGGAGUUUCACUACCUGCCAUUAAAAAGAAACCCUCCGACAGUUGUAGAAGUGAGAUAAUAGCAGACUGUCAAAAGCUUGUAAAUGAGAUAUUGAAAGAGUACCCAGGAGGAUAUAACAUGGCCUUAUUCCGAAAGUUGUUUCUUGAUAGAUAUGGCUACCACCUUGAUUUUCCUAUGCUUGGUUAUCAAAAGUUGGCAUCCCUGUUGCAAACGAUGCCUGGAGUUAAACUAGAGUCCUCUUACAUCAUUCCUGCUUGUAAGACUCCAAAAAUGUUUGCUAUGGACACUUCUAUUCCCAAUAUCCAAAAACAUACUCUCAGUCGUACAGUGGCUAAUUCAGAUAGUGAAUUAUCUGAUGUGUCAAGCAAGGAUGAUGUUAGCGACUUGCCCUGGGAAGAGCUGGGCCCUGUCGCCAACACAUCGAACAAAAAAGAAGUGGAAGUAGCAUCAAGGAGGAAGGCAAUAGGAUCAAGAGGUUUUGAUUAUGAACUGUCCCUCUCAGAUGACUUGUCAGAUUCAGAAGGAGAGACUUCGCCCUUAACUGAAUCAGAAGAAGGCGCGGCCAGAGUGAACAAGGAAGAUAGCUCCCUAUUGCAGAUCCUUGACUCGUGGUACAGCGGUAAGGAUGGUGGAAGUAGCAAGGACAUGUCAGAGAAUUUUGAGGGGUUGGUUGAUUCCACAAAUGUUUCUAAGCUAUCUGUUUCAUCUGGAGUUGGCACCAUGCGUGGUGCUUCUUUGGGAAACCAUGCCCGGAAGCAAAGACCUCAAAAGAACUACUCUUUUGUUCCAGACUCUGGUGAUAACAAGGACAAGCUAAUUGAUGGCAUACUAGGUAGCUUGAAGAAAUCAAGUAAGCCAAGUCUGAGGAGCUAG